GCGGGGCCGAGGCGGAAGUGGCAGAGCAGUGACUGAGGCGCGCUCGCCGGCGCCAGUCUGAGCCGGAGCGACGGCGGGACGGGCUCCGGGCGCGAUGGAGGCGCCGGGGCUGGGCGCCCAGUGCAGGAAUCCCAGCCAUGGCUCCCACCCUCUGGCAUUUGGUCGACAUGGCAUCUGUGCAAAUGAAAACAAAGAACUUGUCAAAGCAAAAGAAAUCCUUCCUCUUAUAGAGGACUCCAGUAACUGUGACAUCGUCAAAGCUACUCAAUAUGGGAUAUUUGAACGAUGUAAAGAGUUGGUGGAAGCAGGAUACGAUGUAAGGCAGCCAGACAGAGAAAAUGUGUCUCUUCUUCACUGGGCCGCCAUCAACAACAGGCUGGAUCUUGUAAAGUUUUAUAUUUCAAAAGGUGCUGUUGUAGAUCAGUUGGGUGGUGAUUUAAAUUCAACUCCUCUUCACUGGGCCAUCCGACAAGGACAUUUACCUACGGUCAUAUUACUGCUCCAGCAUGGUGCAGACCCCACUCUUAUUGAUGGAGAGGGAUUCAGCAGCAUUCACCUGGCAGUGUUGUUCCAGCACAUGCCUAUUAUAGCAUAUCUCAUCUCAAAGGGGCAGAGCGUGAAUAUGACAGAUGUAAAUGGACAGACACCUCUCAUGCUGUCAGCUUACAAAGUGAUUGGGCCAGAGCCAACUGGAUUCCUUAUAAAGUUUAAUCCUUCUCUCAGUGUUGUUGAUAAAGUACAUCAGAACACGCCACUUCACUGGGCAGUUGCAUCAGGAAAUGUCAGUGCUGUUGAUAAGCUUUUGGAAGCUGGUUCUGGCCUGGACAUCCGAAAUGCUAAGGGAGAAACACCUCUCGAUAUGGCUCUACAAACUAAGAACCAGCUUAUUACUCACAUGCUAAGAACAGAAGCCAAAAGGAGAGCCAACAAAAAGUUCAGACUUUGGAGAUGGCUGCAGAAAUGUGAGCUCCUCCUGCUGCUGGUGCUUUCUGUGAUUACCCUGUGGGCUGUUGGAGUCAUACUGGAUUUGGAUUCAGAUUCUUGGCUUUUAAAAGGAUGUCUUCUAGUAACGUUGUUUUUUCUGACAUCUUUAUUUCCAAGGUUCUUGGUCGGCUAUAAGAACCUUGUGUACUUACCAACAGUCUUUCUGCUAAGUUCCGUUUUUUGGAUAUUUAUGACUUGGUUCAUGAUAUUCUUUCCUGAUGUAGGAGGUGGCCGUUUUUGUUUUCCUUUCAUUUUCAGCCUAGUAGCCUUUCUCUACUUUUUCUACAAGACUUGGGCAACUGACCCAGGUUUCAGUAAGGCUUCUGCAGAAGACAGGAAAGUGAAUAUCAUCACCCUUGCAGAAACUGGCUGUCUGGACUUCAGAACAUUUUGUACAUCAUGUCUUAUAAGGAAGCCUUUACGGUCACUCCAUUGCCAUGUGUGCAACUCUUGUGUGGCUCGAUUUGAUCAGCACUGCUUUUGGACUGGACGGUGCAUAGGUUUUGGCAACCAUCACCAUUACAUCUUCUUCUUGUUUUUCCUCUCCGUUGUAUGUGACUGGAUUAUAUAUAAAUCUUUUGUCUAUUGGUCGAAUCAUUGUGGUUCAAUAAAGGAAGAUGGACUCUGGACCUACCUCAGUCAAAUUACAGCCUAUUCUCCAUGGGUUUUCUAUAUCUGCAUGCUAGCAACUUUCCAUUUUUCAUGGUCAACAUUUUUAUUACUGAACCAGCUCUUUCAGAUCGCAUUUCUGGGCCUGACAUCCCAUGAGAGAAUCAACCUGUUAAAGCAGCGGAGGCGUAUGAGACAGACACUGUCCCUCAGGAAGACACCAUACAACCUUGGCUUCACACAGAACCUGGCAGAUUUCUUCCAGUGUGGCUGCUUUGGCCUAGUGAAGCCCUGCGUCGUCGACUGGACGUCCCAGUACACCAUGGUUUUCCACCCAGCCAAAGAGAAAGUUCUUCGCUCUGUCUGAAGAAAAGCACCUCGGGACUCACUCCGACUAGUUCUUGUUUGUGUUGAUGCUCUGCAGCCUGAAAGGGAAAUGAGAUGUUCUCAGCUUGUGCUCCCCUGUCAGACCUAGAAAGAGGGACUGUUUCUGAACAGUCCUGGCCACGUCAUCCUUCAAAGCUUUUGUAUUUUCCCCAAGAACAUAUGAGUUACUUUUUUAAAAAAAUAGUACUCACUGAUUAUGAAUCAAAUAAGAGUAUUUUCAGAUACCGUAUUGGCUAUUUAAAAGUAGUGGUAUUCUUUAAACUUGUAAUUUUUCAUAAGUUAUUUGUCUUUGUUGUAUCUAUAAAUAUGUAAAGAGUAUUUAAAUAGAAAUAAUCUGUUUUGCUU